CUUAUGCUGAAGUCUCAAAAAGGAAAACGGCCAAAGCGAUGAUUACGUAUAUACGUUAAAACCCUAAAGUCUCGAAAGAUCGGAGGGAUAUAUAUAUAUAUACUCCAUAUGGUUUACGAUUGAAAUUUUCCUUAGAAACGAACUGGCGGCGAAGCGAUACAUAUAACGAUAUCCGUGUGUAGGUAUACAUAGACCUGCUGAACCGUGUCGCCAACUCAGUGCACCACCAUCUUCCACGCCGGAAGACCACAAUUGAACUCCGUUGUUGCUGUACCUGGUUCUGCUUCACCAGCGAGAAAGACGACCACUUACCGGGGUUGUUGACCGGACUGUUUUGCACGCCGGAGAGGACAACUGAGCCGCACCGUUCUGUGCCACCAGAAAGGAGAGCCGCCACUGUCAGUCCACCGCCUGAGAAUCCUCGCUGUAUCCGUCGCCUAGUCGUCGGCCGGCAUCAACCUGCGAAGAAGAUAGUACGUACUCGUUAAUCUAUUAAAGUAGUUGGGGUUGUAGUUUUUAUGGGCUGGAAUCGACUUAAAUGAGCUGCAUUCUUUUGUGUAGGAAUCUGGACCGGACUAAUAAUUAAUACUACGUAAUACAAUAACGAGACUAGUAGUAUUAGUAAAUUAUGGGAUAUUAUACAGAUUAAUAAUUUGUGAAAUAAGGGAAUCAAGAGAGGGGCAAAUUAUAAAUAAAGGGUGCAAGAGCUAGUUAAACUAUAGUUUAAAUUAGAUAUUGAUUUUGAAUUUUAAUAGAAGGUGAUUUGAGUAAAGAGCAAGGUAGAAGAAUCGCUAAGAGUACUUGGAGUUUGAGGUAAGUUUCACGUCAACCAAAAUUAUACCUUUUCCUCGCAAAUCUAUUUAUGAUUAUUUAUUUGAAUUAUUUGAGUAUUUGAUGAGAUUUCUAGCAAUUACAUUUACGUAUUAAAUUAGUUGCGAUUGAGAUUUUUAUUUGAGUAUUUGGAAUUACUUAUGAAUUGUUAUUGAGAAAUUAUAUUUGAAAAUUGAGUAUUUGAUAUUGGAUGAUAUUUUGAGUAUUUGAGUUAUCGUAUGAAUUGUUGUUGGGAUUAUAUUUGAGAUUUGAGCUAUUUAUGAAGUAUUCUAUAUUUUGGCUCUCUUGUGAAAUUUUAAUGUAUGAUACAUUAUAUUUGAGUGUAAUUUGUUGGAGUUAAUAUUUUACAUUGUGGAUUAUUUUGUGGAGUUUGGAUUUCAUAUCCGUUUUGGUUGAGGUUGUGAUAUUGGUUUGGGACUUUGAGAAUGAAUUGUGAUUUUUGGUGAGCACCCGGAGAAAUCUGUGGUGUCGGUUUGCCACAUCCGGAUAAAUGUGGAAUCUUUGGUGAGUGGUAAUGGCUAUAAGUCUAAAUCCACCAGGGGUACUCCCCAAAACCGGAGUAUCCCAGCUUAAUUGUAGUGUAGUUGGUAGAAAAAUCCCGACUACUCGGGCUUCUUACUUCCCUUUUAGGGGGUGUGCACACUUAAGGUAGGAGUUCGGCUUCCACUAGCUUUGAUUGGGUUUGAGGUGAACUGGACUUUGAUUGGAUUGAGGUGAUUGAGAUUAUUUGAUUGGCUUGAUUUGGACUUGAGGUGAAUAUUAUUUGAUUGGAUUUGUGGUGAAUUAAGGUAUUUGAUUGAUUGGAAUUGUUGGAUUAUUGGAUUGGAUUAUAUUUGGAUUGAGUUGUUAAAUUAUUUGUGGGGUUUACUUUUGGAUUUGAUUUGGUUUGAUUAUGUUGAGCACUCUUUAUUAUCAGCAUUUAUAAGUAUUUUGAGAUAUUUGGUAUUUGAUUUAUGCUUGGGAAUUAUUGUAAUGAUUUUUCGUGGUUUUACGUAUAUUUGGUAUUUUUGUAAUUUUUGUGGUUGGGAAAUAUUUGCUUAUAUUUGAAGUACUAUUAUUUUACUAGUGAAUUAUGCUAUGAGAUUAUUUUAUAAAUUGUUUUAAAAAAAUAUUUUUCCUCCUAAAUGUUUUUCAAAAACAUUAAAUUUUAUUAUUUAUUAUUUUAUGGGGUUAGGUGGAACUUACUUAGCAUUGUUGCUAAUUUUUGUUUUCUUUUGUUUUUCUUUUAGUACUUGAUUUUGUACAGGUGACGCUUUGAUGAUGAUGUUGAUUUCGAGAGAGAGCUUCCGCUAGAAAACAUAGUUAGUAAAUCAUUGUAAUUCCAUUUUCAAUAUCUUUAGUUAGUGAAUAAUUAUUUUUGGAGUUUAAGUUGUUUUAGCCUGUGCACUCGGUUAAGGGAGAAUCGAGUGUGGCGGUAACGCCCCUAUUUCCCUUUUGGUUUUCCGCUGCAUAACUCUGAUGUUUUCGAAUAAAGUUAAUAUUUCUUUUGAAUAAAGCAUUAUUUUUGGGUGGGAAAUUUGGGGGUGUUACAAGUUGGUAUCAGAGCCAAUGGUUUUUCCGGGGCAUUUUCCAAAACAUUUUUCCAAAAGUAUUUUAAACAAAUUUUUAAAAUUUUUCCCAUGUUUAAUAAAUUUUAUUAAGUGAUACCAACAAGUUGGUAUCAGAGACCUUGGUUUUCGAAAAGGUUUUCAAAUAUUCUUUUUGAGAUUUUUCAUAAAAGUUUUCCAAGGGAAUUUUUCAAAAGGUUUUCAAAAAAAAAAAAAAAAAAAUCUAAGACUAAAAUAAAAUUUUAGGACCGCGGUGAGGAUGUGAGACUUUCAUUUUUUGUUUUGUUUCGGUUGAGUUUAUGGUGAGUUUGAAUUUCUUGGGAUAUGUUUAAGUGUGACAUAUCCAUAUAUGUUUAUUUGAGGAUAAUUUUGGACUUAUAGAAGAACUUCAGACAAUAUUUGAUUAGUGAGUUAUUGGUUAGAGUAGUAAAAUUGUGAAUACUAGAUAUUUGAUAGAUUUCUUAUUUGUAUCCUAAACGCUAUCCUUUUCAAGGAGAUAAUGACGUCCAUGAGUAACAACAUCGAGAACAAUGAUGCCACACCAACGAAUGCGGAGUUGGCUCAGAAUAUGGUUCAACUAACUCAACUCAUCCAGACCGUCGCGAAUGUGUUACUUCAGAAUCAACACCAACAACGUCUCAACAACCGUAAUGAUGUAGCGGAACUUAUAGCGAAGCGUAAUCCCCCGAGCUAUUUAGGUGAAGAAGAUCCUCGAAUCCUUGAGGAUUGGAUUCGCACUUUCGACAAACUCUUCGAGUCCAUGAACUGCCCUGCGGAACAACGAGUUGAUACAGCUGCAUACUACCUACGUCAAGAGGCAGACAAUUGGUGGGCCACGACUGGUCCAACGUUGCGUCAACAACCUGACUUUUCUUGGGAGACGUUUAAGAAGGCAAUGCGAGACAGAUUCUACCCGGAGCAUGUGAGAGCUGAGAAGUACGAAGAAUUCUUACACCUGAAGCAAGUGGGUAUGACCGUCCAAGAGUACUACGCCAAAUUCUUGGAACUCACACGAUUUGCAGCCGCGCUAGUUCCCGAUGAAGUCGAUAAAAUUAUUAAGUUCAUACGCGGUCUGAAUUUUGAGACACAAAAAGCUCUUUGCGUUUCCGAAUGUCAAACUUUGAACGAAGCCUACAACAAAGCUGCCAAACACUACCGAGUGAAGCAACUCCAAAAGGAAACACUUAAGAAAGCAAGGAAGGGCACGAAAGAAGAAAGCACACGGGGAGGCAAACGACACAAGCUAAAUCAACCUGGGGAGAACCAGAACGUGGACAAGAGCAACAACAAAGGCAACAAGCAGAAGUGUAAGAAGAUGAACUCCGCAAAAGAGACCCACUUUUACUGUACGAAAUGUGGAAAAGAUCACCCUGGAAAACACUGUGACGGAACGCUCGUGCGAUGUUUUUAUUGUGACAAGUUAGGUCAUAGGGUGUUUGAGUGUCGUUCCAAGAAGAAAGGCUUACCCCCAAAUGAUGGACGCCAUCGUCAAGGGAAGAAUGACAACCGCAACAGAAGAAUCUCAGAGUAGUAGGUAUACAUAGACCUGCUGAACCGUGUCGCCAACUCAGUGCACCACCAUCUUCCACGCCGGAAGACCACAAUUGAACUCCGUUGUUGCUGUACCUGGUUCUGCUUCACCAGCGAGAAAGACGACCACUUACCGGGGUUGUUGACCGGACUGUUUUGCACGCCGGAGAGGACAACUGAGCCGCACCGUUCUGUGCCACCAGAAAGGAGAGCCGCCACUGUCAGUCCACCGCCUGAGAAUCCUCGCUGUAUCCGUCGCCUAGUCGUCGGCCGGCAUCAACCUGCGAAGAAGAUAAAGGUGAUUUGAGUAAAGAGCAAGGUAGAAGAAUCGCUAAGAGUACUUGGAGUUUGAGUACUUGAUUUUGUACAGGUGACGCUUUGAUGAUGAUGUUGAUUUCGAGAGAGAGCUUCCGCUAGAAAACAUAGUUAGUAAAUCAUUGUAAUUCCAUUUUCAAUAUCUUUAGUUAGUGAAUAAUUAUUUUUGGAGUUUAAGUUGUUUUAGCCUGUGCACUCGGUUAAGGGAGAAUCGAGUGUGGCGGUAACGCCCCUAUUUCCCUUUUGGUUUUCCGCUGCAUAACUCUGAUGUUUUCGAAUAAAGUUAAUAUUUCUUUUGAAUAAAGCAUUAUUUUUGGGUGGGAAAUUUGGGGGUGUUACAAGUUGGUAUCAGAGCCAAUGGUUUUUCCGGGGCAUUUUCCAAAACAUUUUUCCAAAAGUAUUUUAAACAAAUUUUUAAAAUUUUUCCCAUGUUUAAUAAAUUUUAUUAAGUGAUACCAACAAGUUGGUAUCAGAGACCUUGGUUUUCGAAAAGGUUUUCAAAUAUUCUUUUUGAGAUUUUUCAUAAAAGUUUUCCAAGGGAAUUUUUCAAAAGGUUUUCAAAAAAAAAAAAAAAAAAAUCUAAGACUAAAAUAAAAUUUUAGGACCGCGGUGAGGAUGUGAGACUUUCAUUUUUUGUUUUGUUUCGGUUGAGUUUAUGGUGAGUUUGAAUUUCUUGGGAUAUGUUUAAGUGUGACAUAUCCAUAUAUGUUUAUUUGAGGAUAAUUUUGGACUUAUAGAAGAACUUCAGACAAUAUUUGAUUAGUGAGUUAUUGGUUAGAGUAGUAAAAUUGUGAAUACUAGAUAUUUGAUAGAUUUCUUAUUUGUAUCCUAAACGCUAUCCUUUUCAAGGAGAUAAUGACGUCCAUGAGUAACAACAUCGAGAACAAUGAUGCCACACCAACGAAUGCGGAGUUGGCUCAGAAUAUGGUUCAACUAACUCAACUCAUCCAGACCGUCGCGAAUGUGUUACUUCAGAAUCAACACCAACAACGUCUCAACAACCGUAAUGAUGUAGCGGAACUUAUAGCGAAGCGUAAUCCCCCGAGCUAUUUAGGUGAAGAAGAUCCUCGAAUCCUUGAGGAUUGGAUUCGCACUUUCGACAAACUCUUCGAGUCCAUGAACUGCCCUGCGGAACAACGAGUUGAUACAGCUGCAUACUACCUACGUCAAGAGGCAGACAAUUGGUGGGCCACGACUGGUCCAACGUUGCGUCAACAACCUGACUUUUCUUGGGAGACGUUUAAGAAGGCAAUGCGAGACAGAUUCUACCCGGAGCAUGUGAGAGCUGAGAAGUACGAAGAAUUCUUACACCUGAAGCAAGUGGGUAUGACCGUCCAAGAGUACUACGCCAAAUUCUUGGAACUCACACGAUUUGCAGCCGCGCUAGUUCCCGAUGAAGUCGAUAAAAUUAUUAAGUUCAUACGCGGUCUGAAUUUUGAGACACAAAAAGCUCUUUGCGUUUCCGAAUGUCAAACUUUGAACGAAGCCUACAACAAAGCUGCCAAACACUACCGAGUGAAGCAACUCCAAAAGGAAACACUUAAGAAAGCAAGGAAGGGCACGAAAGAAGAAAGCACACGGGGAGGCAAACGACACAAGCUAAAUCAACCUGGGGAGAACCAGAACGUGGACAAGAGCAACAACAAAGGCAACAAGCAGAAGUGUAAGAAGAUGAACUCCGCAAAAGAGACCCACUUUUACUGUACGAAAUGUGGAAAAGAUCACCCUGGAAAACACUGUGACGGAACGCUCGUGCGAUGUUUUUAUUGUGACAAGUUAGGUCAUAGGGUGUUUGAGUGUCGUUCCAAGAAGAAAGGCUUACCCCCAAAUGAUGGACGCCAUCGUCAAGGGAAGAAUGACAACCGCAACAGAAGAAUCUCAGAGUAGUAG